GGAAACUUUGCCAUUGGUCAUUGACGAAAUAGGCGCGCAAGCAUGGCCAAGCUGCUUCGUGCCAAGCCUAUCGAGUCCUUUCAAGUUAAAUUAGUGCUAAAUAAUAUCAGUUGAAAGCACAAACUCAAUUACAUUUUAAAUAUUUGAAGUGCAUUUGUGCAUUAAUAGAUUCUGUCACAAGAAACGUGAAGAUCAGGAAAUGUCAUCGAGGCGAACUCGUGCAGGUACAGCAAUAGUGGAACAAUCUUCUGUUUCCACCAGAUCUAAGACGCAAAAAAUAAAUGAUAUAAACAAAGAUGCUCCAGAAUUUAUACAGCGAACUAGACAAUCGCAGAGGAGAGAAAAGUCUUUGGAUAUCAAGAAUAGUUUGGAAGCCACUGCUAAGCAAAGUGCAAGAAAAGAAUCGCCUGAUGCAGCGGUAAUAUUGAGAAAGUCUGUAAAAAAGAAAUCUCGCCGAAGAUUAAACUUAACGCAAGAUGCAGAAGCUGAGGAUAAAUUUACAAUACAAAGUCCAAGCAUGGAUACCAAUGAAUCAAUCAAAAUAUUAAAAGAUAGACAUAACAAAAUAUCGAUGACAGAACACAUUAAACACGAUCAUUCUCAGUCAAGCACUUUAAAAGAUUUAGAUUCAUAUAAAACGCUUAACAAAAAAUUACAACAAAAAAUUGUUGCCACAGGUGUAAAAAAUUUAUCUAUUAUUAUCACACCCAAAAGCACACCACCUAAGCUUAGUCUUACUCCUCACAGAUCUAAGAAAACACCCAAAAAAUCGCCAAUUUCUUUAGGCUCUCCAAAGACACAUUCAAUAACUGUCCCAAGACUAUUUAAAAGUCCAAGAAAAUUGUCUCUUCUUACCACAUCUGAAGAGAAUUUAAAUAAAUCAGAUAAUAAGUCUCACGAUGAGAAGUUGGAAAAAACUAUGAAAGAUAAGUUAAGCAAUUAUUCUAUAUCCCACAAGAGCCCAUUAACGCCACCAAUAACAAAAAGGAAACACAAGAAGUCUGAUAAUUUAAAGGCAAUUGUACGUAAAUUCUCAAAAUCUCCAAAAAUAGUAUUGAAAUCUCCAAAAUCAAAGAAAUCAAAAUCGCGUAAAAUGAAGUUAUUAUCUCCAUCUCAAAAAGUUAAGAAAAAUUCAUUAAAAACAUCUCCUACUAACAUUACUUCCGAUACAACACCGGAUCUUGAUACUGCAAAAUUAAAAAGUAGCACAAAAAAAUCUUCUCUGUCUAAAGAAAAAAAUUUAUCAAGAAUUAAACAUAGAUUAAUGAAGGGACUGACAGUUUCACAGAAGGAAGAUGUGCUAGCAGAACCAAUAGUGUUAUUGGAGAGACUACCACCCGAAAAAAUACAGAAUAUGCUAACACCUGCUAAUAAAAUUCGAUCAGAUACUUCAAUCACAAUAAGAUCUCCAUUAAUCAAUUUAGAAAACAAUUUCAAAGUAUUUACAACUUCUGCUGGAUCAGAUAUAUCUGUUAAUCGAAAUUCCAAUACUAAAUUAAAGAAUGGAAAUGUAGAGAAACUCACUAAUAGAGUAUCACCAAGAAUUAAACAUUAUACACCGGUACAAGAAAAAGAUAGAUUAUCAAUACCUUUAACAUCCACCCCACAAGAGGAGAAUAUAUCAUUAAUAGAUAUGAAUUUGACAUCCAAUACAUCCAUUAUACCUAUAGAUAAUACACCUAUUAAUACUAGGUCAAGAUAUAAAAAUCAAUCCAAUAUAUCCAAUGUAAUGCAUAAAAGCACAGCCAUUGAAAAUAUAUCUAAAUCUUUAUUUGAUAAUGAUAUCAGUGAUACUAGUCAAUUUCACACCUCAAAUGUCACGAAACGAGACACUACUUAUGAUAAGGAUAGUUUGACAACAUUACAAAAGGAGCAAGAAAACAAAAAGCGUAAUACCUAUGAAUUGGAACAACCGCAAACUAUAAGUUUACGACAGAUGAUCAAAAAACGUACUUCAAUAGAUGCAAAUUUAAGCUCCAGAGAAAAUUUUAAGAGAGCUAAAGUACAUUUUGCAGAUGGAAAAUUUGACACAAGCAGUGCAUGUAAUUUAGUUAAUAAAUCAGUUGGGUUGCAAUCCAACAUAUUACACAAUGUUAAUACGCAAAAGAAUAAUAUAAAUUCAGCUCAGAAAUCGAAAAAGGUUGAAACUCCAAAUUUUAGUCGACAUUUGUUAGUUUCUUCUUUCAAGGCGAGAUCAAGUCCAAGAACAAAUAUAGUUACACCGAGAGCUGAAUUAAAUGGAAUUCGAACAUCAAAAUCUUUUACAUUAAUAGAAAAGAAAUCAGAGAAGAAAUCGUCGACGAAAAAAGUACCAAAUUUCGGAAAAAUACACGAACAAAUGUUUGCUAAAUCAGAAUCGGUAGUGGAUGCAAAGAAACGUUUGGAAAUCAAACACUUGGCAUUCACUGGGAAGAAAGUUGUUCCAAAAAUAGAUGCAGAGAAGGAAAAGAAAAGACCAUUGCCAACCGACACAAAAGAUGGUACUCACAAUAGAUUUGGUUUCAAGCUAAGAAAAAACGAAGCUACGCAUGUCAUAUUGACAAAGCAAACUACUUAUUCAAGGGAAAAGCAGCAACAAGAAACGCGGAUGACGCUGAAGGGUGUACGAACGAAUCGACGCUUUGAAUUACAAAUGAAAGCUCGCAAUCUAAAUCCAUAAAGAUCUGUGUUUUGUGAUAUCUUGUAACUUGAGCUUUUGAUAAUGUAUUUUAUUGCACAAGUUAUCGAGGUAUGAAAACAUUUUUGCUAAUAUGUAUUACUAUAACCAUAUGUAUUACUAUAACCGUAUGUAUUACUAUAACCUUGGAAACUUGGAGAGUUUUACAAGAUAUAUUUCACAUAUUUUAUCCCACAUUCAUUUAAGUAUAAAGAUCAAGAAAUAUGUAUAUCAUAUUCUGUCCUUUAAUUUUUAUUCUAAUGGAAAAACUACAAUCUUGUUUUUGUUACAUAUAGAAUUGAUGAAUUACCAUGUCAAUUCGCAAAUAAAAAUAAAAUUAAUGUUGACAAUGAUUUUAAAAUCUUUAAAUUAUAAAUAUUAUUGAUUUAUAUAGGGAUAACAAAUGAUUUGAUAGUUUAUAAAAUAUAAAAUAACUCUCUAAUGUAACUCUCUAAUCUCUAAUGUAAUUUGUAAGGUAAAUGUUCUAUAAUAUUUUUCAGAAUUGUCAUAAAACUAUUGAUUGAGAUUUCAGUAAGUCAGUUCAAAACUGAUUUAGUGAACUUUCAUAAUCUAUAUUAAAAAAAAAUUCAACUUAUCUCUUUAUAUAAUUAAGUUACUAAUAGUAUUGCCAAAUAAACUUGGAUGAUUAUACUAAUUUAUUAAUUUCUUAUUAAUUUCUCGGCUCUUGUAUAAAUUUGCUAACAGCGAAACUCGCAAUCUUUUGAAAUAUAUAUAACUCCAUUGGAAAAUUUUGUUUAUCAUGUAUGCACAAGAUACACUCAAUGUUUGUCAACAUUGUCGAUAAGCUGCAGUUUUUUCAUUAAUCUUAAAUAUUUUUGACUAAAGGUGUAUGUAUCUGAAAAGAAAGAUUAUUUCGCCAUAAAAUAAGGGACAAUCACUUUGUUUACUCUCUGAUAACGAGGAAUGGAAUAGUCAUAAAGAAUCUUUACUUUAUAAUACAAAGAAAUUAAUAAAUCUCGUGCGAA